AUGCCCAUUGAAACCUCUCCUUAUCGGUUGGUUUAUGGAAAGGCUUUUCACUUGCCUGUGGAGCUUGAGAAUCAAGCUUAUUGGGUUGUAAUGAAGUUGAAUCUUGAUAUGAAAUCUGUUGGAGAGAAGAGGUUGUUCCAACUGGACGAGCUUGAUGAGUCUCGCUUGUUAAAGUUGCUUCCAGGUAAGGUAAGGUCCAAGUGGUCAGGGCCAUUUGAAGUUGUAAGAAUGAAUCCACAUGGAGCUAUUGAACUUUGGACCAAGGAUAAGAGUGAAAAAUUCAAGAAUGGACAGAGAGUGAAGUAUUAUUGGGCAGAUCAUGGGGAUCAACACAAUACAUCCAUCACCUUUGCAGAUGAAUAA